GCGUGGCGGGAUCGGGGUCGGCCGGCCAUGGCCUUCACGUUCGCCGCCUUCUGCUACAUGCUGUCCCUGGUGCUGUGCGCUGCGCUCAUCUUCUUCGCCAUCUGGCACAUAAUCGCCUUUGACGAGUUGAGGACGGAUUUUAAGAGCCCCAUUGACCAGUGCAACCCCGUUCACGCGAGGGAGCGGCUGAGGAACAUCGAGCGCAUCUGCUUCCUUCUGCGAAAGCUGGUGCUGCCCGAAUACUCCAUCCACAGCCUCUUCUGCAUCAUGUUCCUGUGUGCCCAGGAGUGGCUCACGCUGGGGCUGAACGUGCCUCUCCUGUUCUACCACUUCUGGAGGUAUUUCCACUGCCCGGCGGACAGUUCGGAGCUGGCCUACGACCCGCCGGCGGUCAUGAACGCCGACACGCUGAGCUACUGCCAGAAGGAGGCCUGGUGCAAGCUGGCCUUCUACCUGCUGUCCUUCUUCUACUACCUGUACUGCAUGAUCUACACGCUAGUGAGCUCUUAACGCAGAGACCACGCUUGUCACCAGAGGCUGGGAGGGAGCGGCCGGAGGCUGCGGAUCCGUUUCCCCUGGAGGCUGGAGGAGGGGCCGGAGCGAGACCUGGGAGGGAGACCGGGCAGUGGUGUCACCGGACGCAAGAGCUGGAGCCACGCGGCGGCGGGGGGCCGAGUCGACCCUGCGUGUCUGCUGUUGCCCGUGCAUCACGGUCUUUGGCGUCCGAAUCCCACGCACGGUUGUCCAGUCCCUCUGGGCGUCGGGGCGUGGGAGAGUAGGUGACGAAACACUAAACCUCUCCUGAGAGAGAGUCGCCGUUGCCUGAAUCCACUGCACCGAACAGCGCCUUGCGAGCUCACGGACCGUGGCGUGGAGGCGGGAGGGCUGCAAGUGCCUGCCAGGGAAAGGAGUGGCCUGGGGUCAAGGCCAAGUCUGCGGGACCGUUGAAGGCCUCAAGGAUGUCCUGGACCGCCCGAGACUCUCGUUGCAUUGUUUUCUGCUGAGCUGUGGCCACACCUUGCACCUGGAAUGGGAGGGCUGGGGGGCACGAGGGGUCAGCCCUCGGCUGCAACCGGCCUGGAGCCUGCAGCGCGUGCUCAGCCGGGGACGGGGACAGAGGGAAAGCGGAUUUAAAGCGUUUGCGACAUGCUCACGUUCCGCACCUCCACGAGUGGUGUUCCUGUCCUGCUACCCAAACCUGUCACAGAGUCAUCUAAUGCAAAUCCCCUGGCCAACGCUAGUCACAGCUCCUUCCCACAAAGACCCCAAAGCAGUUCCGGGCGUCCGCUGGGUGCUGUCGGCAUCCUGCAGCCAGGGAGCCGGACGGCACAAGCGGAACUUCGUUUUACGACGCCGCGUCAUUUGAACUGUUUAGUUCGACGUGAGGACGCCAGCUUGUUUGGAAUUGUCCUCGUGGCUUCUCUCUCUCUCUCGGGUGGGAGUUGUGCUGGGUUGUAACGAAUGCCCAGGCGGAGACUUUUGUGAUGUCUAAAUCGGGCACCAUGAUUUUGACCUUAUUCCCCCCAACUUCCUUUCUUUUCUGCUGUUUAAGGUGUACAGCCUAUUUAUACAUGUACCCAGCUUCGUCUGAAACGUGUGACUCAGGUCUGGGUGGCGUUUGUGUCACACAUUGUGCGCUAUGUUUAUUAAAAUGC